AUGCUGGACAUUCUGCUCUUGACGUCCUGCUUGGAUGACAUGGGGGAUUAUCCGAACCAGGGCUCGGUGUGUGUGGGCUGUGGGAGUCCCAUCCUGGACCCGUACCUCCUGCGCGUGGCCCCGGACCUGGAGUGGCACGCCGCGUGCCUCACGUGCGCGCAGUGCGGUGUGCGCCUGGAUGAGACGUGCACGUGCUUCGUACGGGACGGAAAAACUUACUGCAAAAGAGAUUAUGUUUGGUUGUUUGGAACCAAAUGUGCCACGUGCAGCAUCGGCCUCGGCCGCAGAGAGCUGGUGAUGAGGGCGCACGGCCGCGUCUUCCACACGGACUGUUUCCGCUGCGCAUCCUGCAGCAGAGCGUUUGUUCCCGGGGACCAGGUCCUACUCCGGGGCGAGGAGCUGCUCUGCCGCCGGGACUACGAGAUGGAGCGGAUGGAGCACGGGAGUCUCGAGGCUCACGACAGAGCACUGGUCAAAAGGCCCUCAGAGCGACACACUUCUCUCCAUCGCCAUCACGCGCACGCACAGAAGUCCACGCGCGUGCGCACCGUGCUCAACGAGAGGCAGCUCCACACGCUGCGCACUUGCUAUAACGCGAACCCGCGUCCAGACGCACUCAUGAAGGAGCAGCUCGUGGAGAUGACCGGCCUCAGCCCCAGAGUCAUCCGUGUGUGGUUCCAGAACAAACGCUGCAAGGACAAGAAGAGAAGCCUGCAGCUGAAGGACGCGCGCCCGGGCCUGAGAGGCACUCUUCUCACUGCAGCGAGCCCAGUCCACAACGAGAGCUCAGAGGGAGAGCUGGUCGAGGUGCACCAGCCUGUGUGGAAAUCUUUCGAGGUCACCCUUCAAAGAGCACUCGAGCCGCACAUAUUCCAGGUGUCGUUAUCGGACUCUCAGAGCAGCUCUUCAGCCAGUGACGCCUCGCUGUCCUCAGACACCGGCAACAGUUUAGUCUUCAGCCCCGGAGACAUGCUGCCGACAUGA